AUGCUUUAUGGUGCUCCAACGCACAGACUUGAGGAAUAUAUGUCUAUGACUGCCCAAGUUUUGGAAAUUGAUGGCUCUUUCAUUUACUUUCCGGGAUGUAUGCUGGUUUCUUUCGGUGAUUUGAAUGCGCGUACUUCUGAAAUGAAACUUGUUCGUUGUGCUCAGGGGUUGAAUUUAGGAAAGUUAGACGAAGUUCAUGAUAUCUAUAAAAAUGUUGUGCAUGAUCGAUUAGGUACGGUGGAGGGCUAUGAACUUUUGGAUGAAAUAAUGAACAGAAAACCGAAAUUUAAUGCUUGGUGGUGUAUCUUGUUUUAUUCGGUUGCAUCUGUUGCCGUUGCACCAUGGAGUUUUGGUGGCUCGUGGAUUGAUUUACCCAUUUGUUUCGGGAUUGGAGGAAUCAUUGGAUUUUUACAGUUUGUGGUUUGUCCCAAAAACACACUUUAUUCUUCAGUUUUUGAAGUCAGCUCAAGUAUUAUUGCGAGCUUUAUUGCUCGUGCUAUUGGUUCCAUUAAUGGAGGAAACACCUUUUGUUAUGCUGCAAUUGUUCAAAGUUCACUAGCUUUAAUUUUACCAGGUUACAUUAUCUUGUGUGGUUCACUUGAGCUCCAAAGCAGGAACAUUGUGGCAGGUAGUGUUCGAAUGUUCUAUGCUUUUAUUUAUUCCCUCAUGCUUUCUUUUGGUCUUACUCUAGGUGCUGCUCUUUAUGGAUGGCUUGACAAAAAUGCGACAUCUGCUACAAGUUGCAAAUCAGAUAUUUCUCCAUGGUUCUACUUUCUAUUCAUCCCUUUAUUCACAAUGGGUAUUGCGUUGACGAAUCAAGCCUCAUGGUCACAACUUCCAAUGAUGUCAUUCAUUUCUGGUGCAGGAUAUGUGGUAUCCUACUUUUCUUCAAAACAUUUCAAAGAGGUUACGGAAUUGAAUGCAACAUUGGGAUGCUUCAUCAUAGGGCUUGUAAGUAACAUCUAUUCAAGGUUGCUAAAAUCAUUCAACAAAUAUUUCACAACAAGGGGUACUUUCAUGACAGUUUCAUUGAUGUUGCCAGGGAUUUUUGUGCAAGUUCCGAGUGGUAUUGCCUCUCAAGGUUCUGUUUUUACUGGUAUCAAUACAGCUAAUAGUCUUGUUCACUCAAACAGCAGCGAGGCUGCCUCAACUUCUAAUACUAAUUCUUUAUCUUUUGGUAUGGUUAUGAUUCAAGUUGCUCUAGGUAUAAGUGUGGGCUUAUACUUAAGUACCAUUUUGGUGUAUCCUUUCGGUAAAAAGAACACAGGAUUGUUUACUUUAUAA